AUGCCGGAACCUUAUUCCUACUCUGAAACUAUCAAUGUGCUCUGCAAACUCAACGAUGCAUUGGCUGACUGCCGAGUCUUCACACAUGAGUGUAUGGAGCUUAAUAAUGUGAUCUCACGCUUCAACUUUCGAAGAUUUACUUUUGUCGCAAAGACCGAAUUCACCGGAUCCGGACCUAAAGUACCUUCAGCCAAAGUUUUCGGAUUUGAUGAGCAAUUAAGGGAGAUUAAUGAGGGGUUGCUACAAGCAGAGGGUUCCAGUUCUAGCAGUGCUGGCGAACUGAGGGCAAUUGGGGUAGUUGGAAUUGCUGGAGUGGGUAAGACCACCCUGGUUCAGAAGGUUUUGGAGAGCAAGGAGGUGAAGCAGAAGUUUAAUCAUAUGCUUUGGUUACCCUUUUCGUUGAGUGAGGAAGAAGAACAAUAUAGUAAGUUCAGCUUUGAGACAUGUAUCUUUGAUAGUAAUGGCCAAAUCAUAGAGGCGAGGAUUGUUGGCCUUGAGAAGCUCCUGGAAAGGCUAAGCCGCCUGCUGUUAUCGGAUAAAUGCUAUUUGAUUGUGUUGGAUGAUGUGUGUCAUCGGCACAUUAACAUUAUGGAACGCUUAUGCAGCGGAUUGCCCAAGCAUAAUGGUGGUGUUGUCAUUGUCACUACUAGAUUGAAGGAAGUGGCUCAAAAGCUGGGGAAACAACAUAGAUUGCAUCUGGUUCAUGUUAAGCCUCUGGACAGAGAGAUUUGCGGGCGUAUAUUUGAGGAGCAGGCUUAUUCCAUUAGAAAAAGUUCAAACCUCUCACAUGAUGAGGCUACGAGAAAGAUGGAGGAACUCAAGGAUCAGUGCCAUGGUCUACCGUUGGUUGCGAAGACGAUAGCAAAUGCUUUUGCAGUGGGAUUUGGAGGCGACGGAUCUGAAGAGAGAGAUGGAGAUCACGGGGAGGAAGUAGGAACUUUUGAAGAAUCAGUUGAAGACGACCAGGGUUCAAGAAUUGCUGACCUGACCCAUCAUGUUCAAGAAUCUUCUUGA